AUGCGCAUUGGGAUCCUCAAAGGAAACGGCAUUGGUCCGGAAAUCAGCGCUGCUACCCAGCGAGUCCUCGAGGCCACAGGCCUACAGAUCGAGUGGGACGAGAUUCCAAUUGCCGAAGAAGCAAUUGCCGCACAUAGUCACCCAUUGCCUCCACAAACAGUCCAACGACUGCGGGACGUAAAAGUCAGCAUCAAAGCGCCGCUUAUCGUCAACAAGCUGCAAGGCCGCAUCACAUGUACCCAGCCAGAUGGAAGCCAGAUCACAUAUCCUUCGCUCAACAACGCCAUCCGCCGCGAACUCGGUCUCUUUGUCAACCCCAGGCCAAUCCGAGGCUUCUCAGGCAUAUCAGGCCAAUACGAAGUGCUUGAUGUCGUUGUCAUGCGAGAGAUUACCGAGGAUGUAUACAUCGGCCAUGAGCACACCAUCGGCGACGACAUUGCCGCCGAAGCCAUCAAGCUGACCACCCGUGCCGCAGCCACCAACGUCGCCCGCUUCAGCUUCGAAUUCGCGAGGACCAACAACCGCAAGAGAGUCACUUGCCUGCACAAGGCCAACGUGCUGAACCUCACCGACGGCCUUUUUCUGCGCUGCUUCCGGGAAGUCGCCGCAGAGUAUCCCGACAUCGAGGCCGACGACAUGAUGAUUGAUGCCGCCUGCUACUCCAUCGUGCGUAGUCCGCAGCGCUUCGAUGUCGUUGUUGCCGCGAAUCAAUACGGUGACAUCUUCUCCGAUCUGGCCGCCGGCUUGGUGGGCUCGCUGGGGCUGGCACCAGGGGCAAACAUCGGUGACCGCACCAUGAUCUUUGAAGCGAGCCAUGGUGCCGCUCCUGAUAUUGCAGGAAAGGGCAUCGCGAAUCCCAUUGCUCUGAUCCUCAGUGGCGCCGAACUGCUUACCAUGACCGGCCACCACAAGGAGGCGAAAGCGGUGCAGGAUGCUGUGUCUGCUGUAAUCAAGCUCCAAAAGGAACGUUUAACUCCUGAUUUGGGUGGAUUGGGCACCACAGAUGGUCUCACAGAUGCUCUCAUCUCCGCCAUGAAGCAGAAUGUGAUAGUUUAG